GGAUUUAUGCAGGUCCCCCCCCCCUUGACUCCAUAGCAUUGAUCCAAGGCAAUUAAAGCGGAUUACAUUCCACAUCAUGGGUGCAUUCAAUGUUUUCCUUUCCACCUCUGGAAGCGUUUCAAAGCAAACCCUUUUGUUUUGAAAGAAGGAGUAAUAUGAUAAACAGGCAUGCAGCAAUUGUAUUUGCCACAUUGCAAAGAGAACAUCUUUUGCUGCUGCGCAUUACAGUCGCCAGAAAAUCAUUCCGGGUUUUGAAAAUAGAGAUGUGCAUGCGAUUCGGUGGCGCAUUAGAAUUGAGUCGAUACACUAUAUUUCGUGACGAUCUCAGACAUGCAAUGUCUUUGGUGCCCAGCAGGGGGCACUUCUGGUCCACCUUUUGGGAUGGAAAAGGGAGAGCGAGGAUCAAUCUCCUCCUUCCUCUCCAUCCCAAUCUCACCACAAAGGCAAUCCGGACUGGACACACAACAGAUACAGAUCUCUUUCGGACACAUCUGGAGUCUCUCCGAGCUUGUUGUGCUUUUCUUACCGGUGCAUCCUUUUGGUUCCCUUUGCAAAUGGUUCUCGGUGCAAAACUUUGCAAAUUAAUGUGACACAAGAAGUGCCGAACUCUGCAAUCGAAAGGCACGUUUUUGGGAGAAUUGUUCGACCGAUCUCAUCCAAACACCUGCGUCGAUGCUCAGCAGCCAAGAGACGAAUUGCUCGCAUCACUUCGACUCUUAAAGCCUUUCAGGGGAGCAAUUCUGCCUCCGUUUCUCCAGGAAGAUGGUUCCUAAGGGUCCUCUUGCCCUCACGAAGCUGCUUCUGCUCAUCCUCCAUAUGGUCCCAGAGUCCUUUCUGCUUGGCCUUCACCCAGAUCGUGGCCACUGCCCGUUGGGACAGUUUCCAUGUGGCAAUGAGACGGUCUGCCUUCCCCAGCCCAUGCACUGCAAUGGGAUUGCCGAUUGCGCAGACGGAGCCGAUGAGGAGGAUUGCGGUAAGAGGACUGGAUGAGGGUUGGACUAGAUGAUCCAUAAGGUCCCUUCCAACUCUGUGAUUCUAUUAUUCUGUCACUGGAAGGCUCAGCAUCCUCUACACCUCACUUCCUGCACUUCAUUUCCAUCAAUAAUGGGAUGUGCAUCUUGCCUUAUAGUGAACUACAUUGGAUGGCCCGUACUUCUGAGCAAGAUGCUCUCCAGAAAUGGGACGAAGGACAAAAAUGGAGAGAAGAAGACGACACCAAACUGCACACUCAGUUGGUAUCCGGAGGGAUGCGUUUGCUCCAGGACAUCCCUGCGUUGCCAAGCUCAGGACUUCCUCGCUGUUCCUCAAGGUUUAUCCAAUGUGACGGAGCUGGAUUUGAAUCAAAAUAAAAUCUCUUCCCUGCUGGACUACCAAUUCAUUGACAACAAAGGGCUGGAGUAUCUCUUCUUAAAAGACAAUGGGAUCCAGACGAUAUCCAAGACCGCCUUUUCUGGACUCUCCAAACUCCGGAGGCUAUAUCUGAGCUCUAACUCCAUCACAGAUCUGGAGCUUGGCGUUUUCCAGGAUUUACAAAACCUCAAAUGGCUAAUCCUGGACAACAACCGAUUGGCCCAGAUCUUCCCGUCUGUCUUUAUGGGACUGAAAUCUCUGGUGUUUCUGGACCUUCGCGGCAACUUUUUGCAAGAAAUGCCCGGGGCUUCCAUCUGUGCGGAAACGCCGAAGCUCAAUUGGCUGGAUCUUGAAGGAAACCACAUCCGUUCUCUGCAACGUUCGGACUUCCGGGGUUGCGGCGAGAUCACUGUUUUGGUUCUGACCAGGAAUAAGAUUGAACGGAUCCAAGAAGGGGCUUUUUCUGAGCUGAAGAAGCUGGUGGAACUUGACUUGUCCUCCAAUCGGCUGAAGGAACUUCUCCCGUCCUCUUUCCAAGGCCUGCACGAAUUACAGCAAUUGAACCUCUCAAACAACCCUUUGCACCGGAUUUAUUCUGAUCAGUUUGACCACGUGUCCCAACUGCGAUCUCUGAGCCUGGAAGGAAUAGAGAUCCCCAACAUCCAGAACCGCAUGUUUGAGCAGCUCACCAACCUCUCCCACAUAUACUUCAUGCGGUUCAGCUCCUGCCGCUUUGCCCCGCACGUGCGCAGCUGCAAGCCCAACACGGACGGGAUCUCCUCCUUCGAGAACCUUCUGGCCAGCGCCGUCCUCAGGGCCGCCGUCUGGGUCAUCGCCUUCGUCACCUGCUUCGGGAACCUCUUCGUCAUCUUCACCCGGUCCUUCAUCGUGACGGAGCACAGCAAGCACACCAUGGCCAUCAAGUCCCUCUGCUGUGCCGACUGCCUGAUGGGCGCCUACCUCUUCUUCCUGGGCGCCUUUGACCUCAAGUUCUCCGGCGAGUACAACCGCCACGCCCAGGCCUGGAUGUCCAGCCCCUCCUGCCACUUGGUGGGCAGCCUGGCCGUGCUCUCGGCCGAGGUCUCUGUCCUGCUCCUGACCUACAUGACCCUGGAGAAGUACCUCUGCAUCGCCUUCCCCUUUGGCCGCUACGGGGCCAGCGAGCGCCGCACCCGCCUCUCCCUGGCGCUGCUCUGGCUCCUCGGCCUCUCGCUCACCCUGCUGCCCUUCUCCUGCAAGGAGGCCUUCGGGGUCUACUACGGCAGCAACGGGGUCUGCUUCCCGCUCCAGUCCCACCCCAACGAGAGCCCCGGCGCCCGCGGAUACUCCACCGGGAUAUUCCUGGGUCUGAACCUGGUGGCCUUCCUCCUGGUGUCCUUCGCCUACGGCGGCAUGUUCCACUCCAUCCACGCCACAGCGGCCCGGGCGGCGGAGCAGAGCAUCCUCUCCGUGGAGGUGGCCCUGGCCAAGAGGUUCUUCUUCAUCGUCUUCACCAACGCGCUCUGCUGGAUCCCCAUUUUCAUCCUGAAGCUGCUUUCCCUCCUGGACGUGGACAUCCCAGGCACCGUGACCUCGUGGGUGGUGGUCUUCAUCUUGCCCAUCAACAGCACCCUGAACCCCAUCCUGUACACGCUCACCGCCCCUUCCUUCCAGGAGAAGCUCAAGCAGUUCCUGCAGAAGAAGAGGGCUUCCUUGCAGGAGACCCAGGCCAAGAGCCUGGUCUUGCUGUCUUUGCAAACCAGCACCACCACCGCCUGAUCCUUCACCUUGGAAGCCCAUACAGACGUGGAGGAAGCCUUGGAAUAGCUGGACCGUGGGUCUCUGUUGCUGCAAACACAACCCAUAUUGCCUCGUGAGUGAGGACUUCUUGGAUGGACCUUGUCUGAAGGUUGCCAUGGAUGAGCCAGAGAAGAAACUGUUCCUCAAUUGGGAAAUGAUAGGUCACUUAUAUAUCCGCUGGCAUCCUUUUGAUGACAUACGUUGGCAUAAACGAUGUGCCAGAUGGAAACUCAUUUCUUUAUUUAUUCAAUGACUAAAUCCUGGUCAUAGCAGUGAAUGUAGAGGACCAUGAAGUACACAAAUUAGCAUAUGAACAUGCAUUGCUUUUACGCUCGGCCUUUUGCACAUUGUGCAUUGACCACUCAUUCCAUAAAAGUGCAUUCUUUGUCAUUCGCAACUGCGCAUUCUUAAGAGUCCCGACAUUGGGAGACGUCAUUUCGCCCAAAACGAAGUGAUGAUGGAGAUUUAAAAAACACCGAAGCCAUGUUAGUACUUUUAUUUAUUCUGGCAGUAAAACAAAGAGGAACUUCCAUAGUAUAGUACAAAAAUAUUAUUAAAUACAAAACACACAUUGUUUCGCUCUUUCACUCGCACUCUCACACAGGUCAACGCCUUCCAUCCACAACCCAUGUUAUAUAUUAAAUUAAUAUCCUGACUGUACAGUAUUUAUAAGCUCAAUAGGAAAGGAAACACACUUACUCCUCUGGGACAUUAGUAACAACAAUAAAAA